UUCAAUCUAACAUCGCGUGGGACUGAUGAAUUCCUCUUACACGCAAUUAUGCAAGUGUCAGGAGUGUGCUGUUUUUCCGUGAUCCGCUCGCAACGCACGCCUCGUUUCCCUCUGCCAUAACCGACAAUUUCCACGAUGUGCCAAAGAUGAAACGUGGGCUGGUCGAUAAGUGGUGCCAGGGACCGAAGGGAAAAAUUCCCAUCGAGAGCACGCUGACGGCGUUAUUAUUUUAUUGCACCAAACUUUUCACGAAAGUAGUGCAAGGCGUUGUUUAUUCAGAAGCCCCCCUAUUCAUUCGCCAUUCAAAUUGUUAUCAAUAGGUGCCGGUCUGGCAGAGAACGCAGCAGCAGUCGCCGUGACACAAUUAUUAUACUAAGGCCCUGUCCCGGCCAAUGGAUUACAGCCCUUGAAGAGAGUUUAUGCAAUGUGGCAGAAUGGAGCCAGAGAACGGACAGCCUGUCAGAGAUCUUCAAGCCUCCCUCUUUCCAGUCUCGCCAAAAGGAAACUAUCUGUCAGAGCUGCUUCAGAGCACUUUGAAAACUUCGCACAUUGAAGGUAGUGCAGAAUGGAAAGCGCAGCAGAAAGCAUUGUCGCGCCUUCGAGAGCCCCGGGAUCUGUUUGCUCUGAAAAAGGAGCCUUACACGCAGCAGAUUCCGCGCUGGCCGAUCGAGUGUCAGGUGCUGGAGCCUCAAGUCGAGCACAUCCAAUACAACCCUUCCCUUCCCGAACCCUACUAUGUGCCAACUGGAAGGGAGCUGCAGCCGCGACCGGUCGGCGAGGAGGCUGGAACAGUGAUAUACGACUAUAAUCCCACAACCUCAGUUUCCUAUUUUAGCAGAGCAGUCGCUGGUGGUGUCAAAGCAGAGCCUCAUAUCGAUAUUGAAGACAAGGAAAAUUUUGAUUUGCAAUUCGAGUCCAGAUUUGAGUCUGGGAAUUUAGCAAAAGCCAUUAAAGUGACAGAAACCUAUUAUGAAUUGUAUUUGAGGACCGACUUGUACACCUCCAGACACAUGCAAUGGUUCUACUUCCAGAUUAAAAACACUAGAGCCGACGUCAUGUACAGGUUGUCUAUAGUCAAUUUGAUGAAGCAAGACAGUCUAUACUUGCACGGCAUGAGGCCGCUGAUGUAUUCCAGCAAAAAGGCUGAAAUGAAAAAAAUUGGCUGGCACAGAGUUGGUGACAACAUAACCUACUUCAAGAAUGAUUUACAAAGGGAAUAUCGGACUGACGAAGAAGAGAGCCCGUGCUUCACCUUGACGUUCACUCUAUAUUUCCCGUAUGAUCAGGACACAGUGUAUAUCGCUCAUUGCUACCCAUACACAUAUUCCACCUUGCAAGAAUAUCUUCUAAAUUUACAAAAUCACCCAGUCAAGUCUGAAUACACAAAAUUGCGCCUGCUAUGCAGAUCGCUGGCUGGAAAUAACGUUUAUUACUUGACAGUGACAGAGCCAGCCAGCAAUGAAGAAAAGAAAAAGAAGCCUGCAAUCGUUGUGACAGCCAGGGUUCAUCCUGGAGAAACGCCGUCCUCUUUUAUGAUGAAAGGUCUCAUUGACUUUUUGACUGGAAACUCUGCCCCCGCGAGGGAACUGCGUGCAAAAUUCAUAUUCAAGCUCAUUCCAAUGCUCAACCCGGACGGAGUAAUCGUAGGCAACAAUCGGUGCUCACUGACUGGCAGAGAUUUGAACCGGCAAUAUCGCACAGUCAUCAGGGAAACCUAUCCACCAAUUUGGCACACCAAAGUGCUUCUUCGCAGACUCAGCGAGGACUGCGGCAUCGCCCUUUACUGCGACCUCCACGCACAUUCCAGGAGGCACAACAUUUUUAUUUAUGGAUGUGAAAGCAGGCGCCCGGGCGACACGCCACUCCAGGAACAAGUCUUCCCACUGAUGAUGAGGAAAAAUUCGCCUGAUAAGUUUUGCUUUGAGAGCUGCAAGUUUCGCGUGCAACGAUCCAAGGAGGGCACUGGCAGGGUGGUCGUGUGGAUGAUGGGGGUGCCAAACAGCUACACGAUGGAAGCCUCCUUCGGUGGUUCCACCCUGGGGUCCAGGUGCGAUACCCACUUCUCUAUGUCCGACUUUGAGGGGUUGGGCCGGUGCUUCUGUGAAACUUUGCUCGACUUCUGCGACGAUGAGCCGAGCAAGGAAAGGCUGAGGGCAAAAAUUAUCGACAGACUCUUGAAGGAAGGUUCCAGUGCUGAUGAGCCGCUCAAUAUCAAUUUGUCUGAUUAUUCCAGUGACGAAGGAGACACUAGUUCCGCUUCUGACGAAGAGAACGAAAUGGAUGGGAAAAUGACAAGAUUAGCCUUACCAGAUCAGCCCAGAGACUCUUGGUGCGACGGUGCUAGCAGAGCUAAAGAAGAGGAUCCAACGCAAAAGGAAAUAAGCCAAGCAAAGAUCACUAAGCAGGCGGAUGAAAGUGUCACGAUCUCUGGAAAAAUUCUGACGCCUCGUCGCCUUUCCCUGCGAAUGCCAAGGGCUACAGUAGACUUCACUGACUCGGAAAUUCCUCUGUGCGAGGAGCGUUCCAAAUCAGCUUCGUCUUCAAUCAGACGGCACAGAAGGAGGGAAUGGAUUAAAAGGUUCAACGGCCAACAGCCCGCGAUCGACCCAAGGGCGAAGGAAAUGCCUCCAGAACUGAUCGUUGUCCAGGCACAGGUGUACGAGUCUAGUUUUGAUUUUGGCGAUGCUAACGUGCCAGCUGCCAAAGAGACCGUGACAGAGAGUUUAAGUUUACCCAGCAUCUCCAAAAAUGCAUCUGCAACGCAAGAAAGGCACAGAUCAGGUUCAUUUCAACAGAUGCAAUCAAUGCCAGCAUACAGAGCAUUUUAUGAAUCGCGUAAGGUUCUGACUCAAAGAAAAGCAGUAGAAGAAAAGUUAAUGCCACCGCAAAGUCCGCCUUCAAAAUCAAAACCGAAAUUGCAGCGGCAAAAGACAAUCCGAAAGAGCAGUAAAGACGAAACAGAGCUCAGCACCCCAAAAGCCGAAGAGGCCGUUGCAAAGGCAGCAAAGCGGGGCGCUAAACUAAGGGCCAAAUUAAAGAAGGCCAGCAUCGUUUCUGUGGCCGUCACGAGAACAAAACAAAUAGCGGAAACGGUAGUCAAACUAGAUCCGCAGACCAAAAUUAUUAAAGCGACCACUGCCACGGGCCAAAGGGUGCCUUCGCCAGGCAAGAAGAAAGGGAGGAAAAUUUCCAGAGGACAGUCAACUGAUUUCUAAGGGGCCACAUUAUCAAUUUUAGAGACACCAUUUAGAACGUUCAUAUUUGUGUCUAGGAAAAUGAAAAGUAGAGGAAAUCACAAUAAAAAAUUGUCUUUUAAGGCAUGUAA